AUGACUCUGGAAACACAUUAUAAUGCUAAAUCCGCCGCUUCUGCCAGUGCCUUUGUUGCCCGUUCUGCAACUGAAAGCCCAACAACAAACGCAAAGGUUGCUUCUAAGAAAAAGACGUAUUCACAGUCAAGUGGUAUUCCCAUACGAAUUGAUAAUCUCCCUCCGGGCAAGACCUGGGCGCAGGUUAAAUAUUUGGUAGGCGGAAUCAUAUAUCAUACCAACAUUUUACAGGUGAAAAUGCUGCCUCCAAUGACUUCUAUGGUUCCUCCCUUCGUCACUUUCCAGAGUUGCAUUGUUAUUCUGAAGAGCUCGGUAGACAACGAGUCUCUGGAAAACUUAUUACUUACUUUGAAUACGUACCAAUGGGAUUAUCAUGACCUGUUUGUUUAUCUGUUGCCAUACACAAAUGAUUCUCUUCCACUGCGAUAUCCAGAAGUCAGUGAUAACAGUGACGUCCGGAGUGCUACUGAUGACAAUAAAAGAUCUAUUUCUCCCCGGUUUGCAAGUCAUGUUUCAUCUGUCACGCCGCAACCACCAUCCGGUUCCACUCCUUCUUCUCAAUAUUUCAGUUUUUCACCUGAAUUGGGCCUGCGAAAGAAUGAGAACAUAACGCCAUUGCCCACCCCUGUUCCAGUACCUGUUGGUGUGCCGCCUCUUGCUCCCCCACCUCAUGGUCCAUUCCCGACUUCGCUGCUACCCAUAUUAGGUGCUCCUCCAGGAACACUACCUAAUAUGCAGAUGCCCUAUCAAACCACUCUAGCCCCGCCAACCGCUGCCCCCGCUGGUGGUCCACUUGCCUCCCCUACACACUAUCCUCGUCGUCGGCAUUUUUAUCAUCAGAACCAAAGCCAGUUUCAAAAAUACAUGCAUAAUAGCCCUAGAAAUCCAGAUACCGGUACAGGCCCCCGCUCUCAACAUCAUCACCUCUCCUUAAGGAAUAAUAAAAUAAACCCCUCUUAUAACGAAAUAUCUGCCCUUUACAACUUGAAUAUGGCAUCGAAUGCCAAUAAUAACGGUAAUAUUACUACCACUAAUACGAAUGGCGAUGACCGUGUCCUUGAAGUAAAGAAUGGCGGAGCUAUUACGCCUUCACAAACCCAAAUAAAUCAUAAAAGACUAAAGCAUAUCUUUAAUGAGAAAAGUUUCAGAAAACAAAUGACGAAUAGAGGUAUGUGGCAGUUGAAAAUCAUAAAUUUCCCGCCCUAUAUACCUAUAGAAUUCUUAGAGAAACUAUCAGAGUCUGAUUUCAAUGAAUUGGUAAAUCAAGAGAAGUUCACAGUUAUCGAAAUCAAAGAGAGGGGACAAUUGGAAAAAUUUGGAAGGUUAAGAUGGACAGUUCUGAAAGAUUUUAUAAAAUUAAAAUGCCCCAAGCUAUUAAGACUACAGGAAAAGCAAUUUCUACAGCAACAAAGCGAAGUUUCUUUACUUAAUGAAUCUAUGGACACAUUAAAGAUAUCGGGAAAUGAGGACACCAACGGGAAUGUAAAUAACAGCACAUACACAAAUGGUGGGCCUCGAACAUCGAUCAAUAAUACGAGGGAAUUUUAUGUAGGGGUUUAUGAAGACCAUGAAGAGGCAACUCUAUUGAAGUUUGAAUUACCGGAAGAUGAGUUGGAAGAGUUUAACGGUAAUUUGCCAACUACUUCUACACAGAGUGAAAACAGUUCUAGCCCCACAGAGGAUAGAAAGGCGAAAUACUUUAAAGUUAGCACUAUCGUGUAUAACGCCAUUGUUGGGUUCCACGAUAAAGAGCUGUCUGAUUUGACAUUCGAAUCCUUACAAGACCAGGAAUACUCAUUGGGGUACAAGAUUCACGUAAUGGAACUGCCGCCAUUUGACGAAGAUGAAUUUGAAAAUCAACAACAGCAAUACUGA